AUGGCUGUAAUCUCGGCAAGAUUGUGCGCCAGCACAAAGCAAGCAGAUGUCCUGUUUGCAGUAAAUCUCUUCACCUGUGUCUUUGCAUGCCAAGCGCAACGUGCUCUAGCCAGUGCACGCCUGCGCAGUGGGUGGGUGAGGAAAGCACGUCGAGUGGGCAAAGCUCGGGUGAAAGCAAGGCGGCAACCAGGUUCGCCACGAAGUAGACUGCAAAUGGUCAUUGCCGCCAUCUUCUUGUUCUCACCCGCCAGUUGGGUAUGUGUGGAAUGCGUUUGCCAGGGAAACAUCGCAGCAGUGCAACCAGUCAGGAACGCAUGGGCAACCGCUCGCAAACUGAGAAACCAGUUGAUGCGUGCAAUGCAUGGCAACACGAUGAAGAAAGCCCACAGACGACAAGCAGAAGCGUCCACACCCAGCCAAUUCAUAGAAACGAGUGCCGGCAGCAAUCACGUAGCUAGCAAGACAGCCAGACUUGCAGACGCAGUGGAUGCCGCCUCCUCGCUUCGCGCACAACCUAGCAACCCGAGUUGCCAGAAAGAAACGGAGGAGGAUGAGGACCGGAAACUUGCCGUCCGUGUGCAGACCCGAAUAGGGUGUGAGCUAAUCAGAAUCCCUGGUGACGGUUGGUGUUUUUUCCAUGCAGUACUUCGCCAUUGUUGCGGUUGGCAGUCGUGGUCGAUACCCGAAGCUGCAAAGUUAUACUUGCAAGCCUUAGAAUGGAUGUGUAAGCAAAAGAAUGGACCCAGAGCAGAUGAGGUUGCGAUUGCCAGUGUGCCGUUUGAUGACCGAGAAGCGGGCCUACACCUGGGGUUCCUUCAGCAAGCAGAGCAGUUGGAGGCGGCAGAAGGUUUGACAGCUGCCGAAAUCGUGCUUUGGAGUAAAGUGGUGGCGGUUUUGGAAAAGCCACGGAUGUUAGAUUCCAUUCACCAUGGCUCAGUGGUGGAAUUGUGGGCACUGACACAAGCCUUUGACUUUCACUGUCUCAUUUGGAGCCAAGAAGAUAACAAAAACAUUUGGAUCCGGGACAUGGCCUACAUCACCGAUGCAGAAACACAACAGAAGUUGCAAGAACAUCCCAAUGUCUUAGAACUUUUCCACCGAAACACUGGCAUCACCGGGCACUAUGACCUCGUCCAACGAGCGGCAGCAUUGCGCGAACCAUUCCCUGAAACACCAUGGUUGGAAACAUGGAGAACACAGAGUGCAGAAGCAGUGUUGUGUCUUGCUGCAGAAAGCCUCCGAAACCCAGUGGAAGUGUCACCCAUGUCGCUGCAGAGUCAAUCAUCGCACGUGGCAGAUCAGAGUGCAGUGUGCGAAACGCAUGCCGCAGAGGGUGCAGAGCGGCCAACGGCAGGGUCAUCCGGGCAACCGCAGCGGACCAGCCGCACCACUGCGACAGAAUCGGAUGCAACAGCGCGGCAGCCAAAUCAGUCGCAGCAGGUGCAUGACACAACUGAAGCCGACAAAGAGGCAGCCGCUGGCGUCUGGGCAGGGCAUGACGACGCAGAAGCGUCGGAGGGUGCAGCAACCGACGUGGAUUCCGAAAGUUUGCUUUCCUGGGAUUCAAACCUGUCCGAGACCACAGGUGAGGCUGAAGUAGAAGUCGCCGUGGACGCGACAAAGACAUGGGUCACUGUCGAAGAUCGUGACCAAGAACGCAUUCGACGCACAGCAUUCCAACUGCGACAACAUCCCCUGCUGCCAUCUCCAGCCGCGAUGAGAGAAUUCCCCACCAUGCAGCCUAACAGUGGUCUUGUAUACCCAGCCGUGCAUUGCGCCUUUGAGGGAUGCGGGUGGGCAUCCGACACACAACCGUGCAACCCGCACUGGUCGAAGGAAAAAGUGUGGAACAUGAAAGCAACAACAUGGGCACACACUACAGUGCAGUGCUGUGGAAACGGGGUGGUGUGUUUAUGGGCACACCUCGCUGAGUCUCAUUCUGAACACUUUGCAGACAUACCCCGGGAACUUGUGGCUUCAACAUACACUGCUGCAUUGAUAGAAAAGGAACGUGGACAGGUCCCACAAGUUGGCUGGAGCGUCGAUCGGCGCACGCUGCGGCGACUACGGGUCGAUUUCGACGAUAACACUUGCCAAGCAUUGAUUUGUGCCUGUUGCGCGCGAGUGAGUCCUGGGGGCAUGGGAGGGGAGAUUGCCUACAUAUCUGUCGAACAGUUAUUCAAUGCACUGACCCCAGAAGCCGUCAAAGCAAAUUGGAACCUGGAAAGUUACAUGACGCAAUAUGGUACGCUGGCUGCUGUGACAAAUCGUUUCGACGCACAUGAGUGGACUCGAACCCUGCCAGAAACCAUCUGCGACGGCAUGCAACUCAUAUGCUGCCCAGAAGAUUUGCGCUGUGGGCGCUGCACCGAAAGUGCACUGCAACUGUGCGAGGCUUGUGAACUGCCAUUGUGUCGCAAUUGCCUGGAACACAUGUGCAAACAGAACGCCUGUGCAGUGCCAGAGGCCCUUGCAAACGACAAUUGGUUUGGAUAUCCAACAGAGUUGCUGUACACCCACAAAGUGCGGUGGAUAGAAGCAGCGGCUGCCUCGCCUGUCUGGACUUCCGUUAUCAAUUACUACCUCGAGGCCGACCGAGGCAACUUGAUCGAGGAACACUUACAUCGGCCCGAACACAGGACAGCAAUCCGAGGCAAUGUGUCUUCCUUUAGCAUUCCAUGGGAAGAGGUGCUCGCUGCACUGGCCCCCGAGACUCGGCGGAACACUUCAUGGGAAAAGUUGCCUCACCCGCCACAUGUCCUCCAAGCUAUUGUAAAAGUCAAUGUGAAGGGCAUGUUAUACAAUGAGGCAAUCGAGUGGGUAGCAGGGGCACGCAUCCGACCAUGGGUCGUCAGUGCACUCUUGCAUCACCUCAUCGACGUGCAACAUCCAAUGUGUACGUCGCACUUGUCGGCAGAGGAGGCAAAAACAGCAGUGACGCAACGUGUGACUUUGACCUAUGGGGUGGACGAAACAAGGCCGAUAGUCGACUUGAAGCAAACUCCUUCACCUACUGUGACAUCAAUGGGUUCGGACCUUUUCGGGCCAAAAUCUCGGCAAGCAGAGACUGAGAGCAUGGAGGCGGAAGCUAUCCAGAGCCUGGCUCAAGAGAUUUCCGGUUCCGGAAGGACAACUGCACCGCGGAAUGAGGUCAGUGCAGGGAUAAGACGCCAGAGCAGCGCUCAGGCAGCAGCCGGUGUGCACUCAGAACCAACCAUUUCAAAUAACCAGACUGACUCUCUACCGAUGAGCGGCAAGAGCUCGUCUCAGCCAGCGUUUGAGGUGCAACACCUCGAGCCUUCCUGUGUGAAGACUGCAUCCCCAAAGCUAGUUUCCCAGCUGCAAUCCGAAGAGGCAACCCAUGUGUACCGCAAAACGUUUCCACAGCAUACAAGCCAGAGCGGGGAGGACGCAACCAUGCACGACAUGCCAACCCACAGAAUGAACCAGAUGGUAGCAGAGACAAUAGGUCAAGGCAGCCCGCAGGUGACAGCCGAAGUCGGAGCAGAAGCGGCCUCGUCACAGAAGCAAGAAGUUACAGUGCCAACACCUAGCCAAGGCAAAUCUCAACCAAUGACCAUUUCAAAUAACCAGACUGAUUUUCUAACGAUGAGCGGCAAGAGCUCGUCUCAGCCAGCGUCUGAGGUGCAACACCUCAAGCCUUCUUGUGUGAAGACUGCAUCCCCAAAGAUAGUUUCCCAGCUGCAAUCCGAAGAGGCAACCCAUGUGUACCGCAAAACGUUUCCACAGCAUACAAGCCAGAGCGGGGAGGACGCAACCAUGCACGACAUGCCAACCCACAGAAUGAACCAGAUGGUAGCAGAGACAAUAGGUCAAGGCAGCCCUCAUGUGACAGCCGAAGUCGGAGCAGAAGCGGCCUCGUCACAGAAGCAAGAAGUUACAAUGCCAACACCUAGCCAAGGCAAAUCUCAACUAAUGCAUGCAAAGCCUGCGCCGGAUGCCUCGCCGGGCGACAACCCAUCACCACAGGUGAGAGGCCAGAGCAGCGCUCAGGCAACCACAGCAGACAAAAGGCACGAAGAUGCCACUUCGGCUCUUCCGAGCCAUUCUAGGAAUUUCUUCGUUGCCAGUGGAGACGCAAGCCAGCCGCUGCCGCAGAAGCAUGCAACGCCCGAGUCAGUUGCAGACACAGCUUUGAAUGGCGAAUCCUUCGUGGGCAGUGUGAGACCCAACGUCUUGUCACAAGAUUAUACGGGAGCAGAGUGGAAAGACCCCGACGUCGACAUGUUGUUGCAAUUGAGCAAUGCGACGGACACACUCACCAUUCGAACCGGGCACAACUUCUGGGACCAGUGGCAAAAUGAUUUUCUUCCAUGGGCCUUUCCUUUCAGCAUCCCCGCACCCGUCAGUGGUCCGGACUUUCCCCACAAAGAGCGACCACGGAGGCCCGAAGAUGCGCCGCACUUGCAGCCCUUGGCACACUUGAAACUCCUGGCCGGACGCAUCGAGAGUUCGCUUCGCAACUCGUGGGACCUGAUUCCCGGGCUGCGAAGAUUGACUUUCAAAUGGCACUCCGUGUGGCAAGGCUCGCUUUGGCGGAAAUGGAAGUCGCAAAAGCAAGGCAUUGCACCGGUACCAACGCUCAAGUGGGUGCAAGCGGCACGCGGCCUCUACAACAAGCUCAGAUCCGGCACCUAUCUCACUGCAGGUGGCAAGCCGAAACCCAUCCAGUUCGAUACACGGAAAUUGCCUUAUGCACGAGGCCUCACAGUAGAUGAAAAAGAAUUGCUCCAGGACGUUAAAGGCAUGCAAGGCCAUAUGCCUGGAACGAUUGAAGUACGACGUCGCAUUGGACGCUUCCUCUUCGGGGCCAGGGUUGAGAUGGGAGAACCCCUCUUCAUCACGAUAUCACCUACAACCCGUCAUAACACCUUGUGCAUCAAAUUCAGCCGCUAUCGCGCCGCUGAUCCAGGCGGAGCCGAAGAAGGAGCACGCGAUCGCCCCAAGCUAUGGGACACCGCAGAAGCGAACAUCGAAGUGCCGCCUUACGACACCCGCAGACAGCUUGCUGCGAGGGAUCCGUGGGCCGUCGUUCUCAGCUUCCAAACAGUGGUGCGGUGCAUCUUCGCCAAACUGCUCGGCAUCCGCAUGUGCUUUCGUUGCCCAGCAUGCGAUUGCCGCGAUGCACGCGGACACGGGUGUCAUGUGACGGGGGGCAUCCUUGGCCUUGUCACCGGCCUAUGCGGGGCAAUCGAAUAUCAAGCCAAUUCCACACCGCAUUUCCACUGCAACGUGUACAUCGCUUCCAUUUGGCAACAUUCUUUGAGUGAACUUGCAGCCAAGCUGAAUGACAGCACCAUCACUUUCGAGGACGUGCGCCAAUUCUUGACAUGGGCACACGCCGAAUCUCAUCCUGACCCAGCAAGCCAUACGCAACAGCAAGACCACCUCGAAGCAGACUGGGCCCAGAACAACUGCAAAGCAAGCCACGAUUUUUUGUGUCAGUGGCCACAAUUCCUUACCGAAGACAAAGCGGCCAGCCCAUGGGUGAAUGCAGCAGUGGAACCGAAGCAGGCAUUGGCCGACGCAAGUCGUUUCAUCCACCAAUAUCGUCUCGCAGCACAGAACAAGAUCAGCCACCAGCAAAUUCACUGGCAUCCGUGGAACAUCGUGCAAAAAUGUCGGUUGCCUAUAGCCGCUUGCCGAAAGAAGGGGGCGCCAAACAAGUGUAAGCACAAUUUUCCAAAAGUGCAGAACGAUAAAGUUCGAGUGAUUUGUAGAGGGAACGCACGAAAAUUUGCCCAGAGCACUGCCGGGCGGCGAAAUGCAUUAGGCAUGGUCUUAGACAAAAGAGACGAUCCGUGGUUAUCAGGCACAAUGCACGCAUUCACCCUCAUGUUAUUCGGUAAUUCACACACUGCAAUAAAUUUCCGCGUGCCUCUGUCGGCAACCACUCACGACGAAGACUGCAAGCGUGGCUGCUUGGCAAAAAACAUGCUCCCAAAACUCCAACGGGCAAUGGCACAAGCAGCCCGCCGAUCCACCAGAUACUUCACCGGCUACUUGCAGAAGCCGCAGCCGUUAGGCAAAAAGGAAUUGCAACAAGCAGCCAAGCAAUUGCAUUUCCUGGAAGAAGCAGCUGCAAAAGAUGACGCUGCAGCACACUACCGCAAAGUUGUGCACCGAGUCUUUGGGGACCUCGAAUUUCGUUGCUCAGUGCGCCCGGUGACCGAGGAAUUCAUGCUUGCAGGCUUUGGCAACAUGGCGGAUCCCACCGCGGCCGAAUGCAUCCGCACUUUCCCCGUAGUCCCAUUUAUAGGCAUGGACUGGCUCAGUAUCUUAGACUCCGUAACAGAAGUGCGGCAUAAAAUAGAACCCCCAAACCCCUAUAAAACCACCAUUAAGACAUCGGAAAUUUAUGGCUGGCGAGGGACCGACGAGCGGGUGUUCCACUUGUGUCCGUGGGAGUUUAUCAAAUGGUGGAGUCUAAAAAAAUUGCAGCCGCCCACCAAAAAUGCAACUGAAGACGGACAAGGGCUCAGUGUUUGGGUGAGUAAGCAAGGCACCGACAGAAAACCUGUGGAUGGCUGGCAAUAUGGCCGUGAUUACAUUUGGAAACAUCCAUUGCCAAACAGCCGAGCUGCCAACCUUGUCCGGCUACCGCAGUGCCAUGGAUGCAGUCGAGUGCAGGAUUACUAUGUGGAAAGACGGACCGAACCGCUGAUCCCAUAUCCGACGACAUGUCCGUUGCCGAAGCCCGACAUGUCCAAGGAUGCACAGGCGAGGCUCCUGAAUGUCUAUCUGAGGCCCUGGACACUUGAUCUGAAAAGUGCUACCCCGCAUGUUCCGCAUAUCAGUGCCUUAGACUUAGAGAUAAGAAGUAAUAGUCUCAACCCCGGUAAACGCCUGUUCACCAAAACCGCACCGGGUCCAAGAAGUCACCACUUAGCAUGGAGAGCAUAUAUCCAGCACCAUGUUGUGUCUGAGCAUGCAGCUCGCACUAUUCGAAACUUUCUCUCCGCAACGGAAUGUGAUCCAGAAGAAGUCGACCUGGCCGAAACACUUGCCAAGCCAACAGACCAUGAAGUGGAUACGACCUGGGUAACGUCUGACACCAUCAAUAAACUUGUCCGAGGCGUGGGCUUCGAAUAUUCGAAACGGUCAGGUCCGGCGGUACGCCGCAUAGUCGAGGAAUGGGAAGCUAGUCCGCAGGUUGAUGCACUAAACUCUUGGUUUGUAAACACUGGUAUCACGGACAUAAAGCUUGACCGAAUUCAAAGUAAAACGCAGCAACCGACACCGUGGUCGGAGACCGAACCACUGCGCUGGACCUACGGCAGAUUAACGCCAGAGGCUGCCACAGCAUGGUUGCAGCGUCUCGCAGAGCAGGGCUCGGUGGCAGUCGAUGCAGCCGCAUGCAGUGCAGAGCAGCGCUCAGCCAGUGCAGAACCGCGCGCAGCAAAGGCAGAGCCGCGGUCAGCAUGUAAACCCACAGCCGAACAACUGAAAUUCCUGCGUGCGGUCGUUGACCGCUGCCUCACAGAGGCUCAAGAAGAACAGGCCGAAAGUUCCCGCAGUGAGCCGUUGCGUGCAGUCUUCCACGGGGUUCCAGGUGCAGGCAAAACUCAAACCCUCAAGUGGUUGCGUGCUUUUUUCGAAGAUAUGUGUGGGUGGCAGCAUCAACAAGAGUUUGUAUACUUGGCACCGCAGAACACCCAAGCUGCACUUAUUGCUGGCAUGACGCUACACUCGUUUGCCAAUAUCCAGGUGAAAACCAAAACGGCCCGAGCAAAAAACACCAGCACACCGGAACAGUUCGCUAAGUAUCAACGACUACGGUGGCUGGUGGUGGAUGAAUCUUCGACGGUCGGGCUCGAAAUAUUGGCCACUCUUGAGAAACGCCUGCAGCAGUCUACCAGAGAUCGGGAUACGUGGAAACUUCGGCCAGGAGGACAACGGAGGCCAUUCGGAGGGCGCAACCUCAUCUUGACGGGGGACUUGUGGCAGUUCCCGCCCGUCAAAGCCACGGCCAUUUACCAGAACCCUUUUCAGUCAAACACAACCUUCCAAGUCAACGCACUGCAGCAAAUAUGUUGGUCGCACACCUCGCUUGCCAUCCCGCACCUCUUUGAACUCACCCUCGAACAGCGGUGCGAGGACGCCUGGCUCAGCCAAAUUCUUCACCAGGCGAGGCAUGGCAACAUGUCGCAGGAAGUGUGGUCUUUCUUACAUGGGUUUCCAACACUCCAUGCGGGCUCGUGGUCCUUCCAAACCAAUCAAGCCACCUGCGGCGAAAAAACUUGCAACAACCUACAUCUGCAAGCCACCGCCCCCGACCAGUUGGAAUGUGUCAUUUGCCACCAAGAAAGGGCACGUCGGUGCAUCGUAGGCAAAGACCCAAAAGCUGAGCAUUUCCUCAACCAUCCGUUUGUGCAUGGGUUGAAUGCCGCCAAGUACAUUGCAGCCAACCUUCGUGCCAAAUGGGUAGCCACCACUCGCAAACACAAGUUGCUUUGGAUCAUUGCGCAAGAUACCCCGCUCUUUCAUGUGGAGGCCACGGAACUACAGGCUCGGCGCGAAAAUUGGUUACAGCGCCAUGACCAGUCCACCGGCGGUGUCGUGGGAAUCCUACCACUUCUCCAGAACAUGCCAAUCCGAGUGACGCAAACUUUGUCUGACCUGAAAGCCUUCGGGCUCUUUAAGAACACCCGAGGCACCCUUUGGAAUUGGACACUCCACGAGGCCGACCAAGAGCUCGUGGGAGCUGUAGCCGGCCAAGACAUUGUAUUACAACGCCUUCCACGGGCGCUGUAUGUCAAGGUCGAAGGUGCGAAGUGGCAACAGCACCCAGACUUGCCUGUUGGGGUCGCUCGAAUCGAACCCGUCACCCAGACGUGGACACUCGAAACCAACGGCAAAGCUACAGUCUCCCGACGCGGCUUUCCAAUAGCAUCCGAUUACGCUGGCACAGCGCAUUCUUUUAUGGGGGCCACCCUAGGUGCAUGCACCUUAGACCUUGGUACCUGGGAUGCCACGACGUCCCGCGAGGCACAGCUUAGCGGGUACAUGUGCCUGUCCAGGGUCCGAAAAACCGAAGAUUUGUGCAUAGUCCAACCCUUCUCCCCCAACUUGUUUAGUCACGGAGAGUUAAUUGGACCCCACACAUUCUUAGAAGUGCAUCGCGAAAAGCUGACACUGCCAGAAGCAAAAGCUCGCUUUGAAAAAGAUAAGCCGAACAAGCAGAAGAAUCGUGACAUCCUUUUGUUUUGCCGCGGUUGCAGUCCACAACCGCAUCGACAAGAGAAACUGUUGCCACUUCGAGAAUUCGUUUCGGCCUGGGACCAAGAGGAAUGGUACCGUGUACUGUCAGACGGCAUGUGUCGCCUUUGCACCCAGUGUAAAACGAAGCAAAGCAGCCCUGCAGCCAAGGUGAAGCCCAAGACAGUGAAUGCCUGCGCAUAUUGCCAGACCUUGCCAGCCGACCAGACCGGCUAUUGUUCGAAGUGUGCCAAAAUUCGCUUAGCCUGCAGCAAGUGUGAUAUCGGGAAGAAAAUCAAAACAAAAAGCCUGCUAGAUUUUAGCCCGGACGAAAUCGCACGAAGAAAAAAAACCAAAGAACUCCGAAGAGCACGCUGCAAGAAGUGUGCUGUCACCCCAGUGACAGCAAAGGCAAAACAGGGUUUGUGCAGCAAUUGCAACAAAGCCGUCAGUGUGUCCCACCUGGUGAACUACAGUGCAGCAUCCCAGACCGGCGUGUGCCGCAGCUGCGUAGCUAAGCAAGAGCGGGCACCCAAGACCUGCGCAAACUGUGCUCAACCCUUGCAUGCAAAUGCAACUCCAGGCACUUGGUGCACUACCUGCGCAUUUCCGCCUUGCAGUGGAGGUUGUGGGCAGCGCCCCCAAAAAGCAUCCAACCAUGCCAAACAGAAAUCCGACUGGUAUUGUCAAAACUGCAAGGGAAAAUGUGGCAACUGUGGCAGCACCUUGCCGCGUAACGCAGAGGCUGGCACAUGGUGUGCCACAUGUGCAUUUCCACCAUGCAGCGGAGGUUGCGGCGCGCCACGCCCCGAGAGACGAGCCAACCAUGCAAAACACCUGCAGAAAUGGUUUUGUCAACAGUGCAAUGCGGCGAAACCAUGUGCGAACUGUGCCGGCCCAUUGCCGAGCAACGUGCAGGCAGACACUUGGUGCGUCACAUGUGCAUAUCCACCUUGCAGCGGAGGUUGCGGUGCGCCCCGCCCACAGAAAACAGGGUACCACGCCCAGCAGAAGCCACUUUGGUUGUGUCACGCAUGCAGUGUGCGCAACGGUUACCCGCCGUGUCCAAUGUGCGGUCUGCAACGCCCGCAAGAAAGUCAUGCCAACAUGGACGUGCGAGGCGUGCAGCGGGAACAGCCUUACGGGGGUCCCAAAGAAAAGGCUUCGCAGAGGUUAGUCGCCCAUGCAUCCGACGCCAGCCAACGGCAUAUGACAUUGUUUCCAUAG